ACAAACUGAAACAGGCGUACAUCGCAAAAGUAUACAAACUGUGCACAUAUUAUAUUGAAGUGUAAGGCAUGGCAGAAAUACAAGAAAAUGGAAAUUUCGAGAACACGAGAAACAAGGAUACCCCUUGGUCAAAUGUUCCUGUUCUAGAGAAAGCGCGAGAAAAACUGGCACCGUUGAGCUUCGAGGUGUUUGAUGGUAUUCCUUACUUCAGCUACCAAUGUGUCCGAGAUUUCAGUCGGAUGUUUGAAGACAUCGACAAUGCGGAACUCAGAGACGAUGACGUCAUCACAGUUGGUUUUCCAAGGUCUGGCAACCACUGGACAUUCGAGGUGCUUACCAUGAUCCAACAACAGAGCACAGAUUUCGCCAAAGAUUACUACUAUAGGCGAGUCAUGGAAUGUAUUGGGGACACCAUCACGGAGAAGUUGAGCAGCUUCCCCUCACCGAGAAUACUCGCUCUCCACACGAGGAUGUCUCGCCUGCCCAAGAAGACGGUGGAGAAGAAGGUCAAGGUUGUAUACAUCUUGAGAAACCCCAAGGACGUCCUUGUCUCCUGGUACCGUUUGUCCUAUGCUGCCAAACUGCCUGAGAACGGAUUUCGCGGAACAUGGGAGGAGUUUUAUGAACUGCAGUUAACAGGCGAGCACCCGUGGGGUACCUGGUUCGAUCAUGUGCUCGCAGCAGAACAGUAUCUCCAGGAUAAUCCAGACUGUCGUUGUUUUGUGCUGCAGUACGAGAAGAUGAAAGAAAACGCAGUUGACGUCAUUAAGCAGCUAUGCCACUUCCUGGGUCAACCCGAGGCCAAGGCUGAAGACAUCGCGCAACGCACUAACUUCCGGGCCAUGGCGGAAGGAAUGCGAGAAAAGCAUGAAAACCAGGUCAAAUCUUUGUUAAAGGAGGGAGAGGCUUUCCUUGUGAAGGGAGAGAUCGGUGGGUGGAAGAGGUACUUUACCGUGGACCAAAACGAACGAUUCAACAGCAUGUUUGAGGAAAAGAUGAGAGGCUGUAAGCUGGCAGACAGUGUCAGGCCUUAUUUAAAUUGACCAGGACGUAUGAGUAUAAUUAAAAGUGAGGAUAAAGUUUCUGACGCCUUAUGUUUUCUGCACUCUUCCCUUGCAAGAAUGUCUUAAUGAAGUCAGUGUCCUGUUUCGAAGCGCUUGCCGC